AUGCGAGCAGUUCUAUUGUGGACUAUUAGUGACUUUCCUGCAUAUGGGAUGUUGUCGGGUUGGACGACGCAUGGAAGACUAUCUUGUCCAUAUUGUAUGGGAAGCACAGACGCAUUUCAGUUGAAGAAUGGUAGGAAGACGUCUUGGUUUGAUUGCCAUCGGAGGUUUCUUCCCAUUAACCAUCCAUACCGAAGGAACAAGAAAUUGUUUCGGUCAAAAAGGAUUGUACGGGACACUGCUCCACCAUAUUUAUCUGGAGAGGAAAUCGAGAAGGAUAUUGAUUACUAUGGUGGAUGCAGCACAGUCAUCAAAGGCGGUAAUUGGCAUACUCCUGCAGAUAUGCCUGAUGGUUACGGAACUCAGCAUAAUUGGCACAAGAAGAGUAUAUUUUGGGAACUUCCAUAUUUGAAAGAUCUACUUCUGCGCCACAAUCUUGACGUGAUGCAUAUAGAGAAGAACUUCUUUGACAACAUCAUCAAUACAUUGUUGAAUGUCCCCGGCAAGACAAAAGAUAACAAGAACUCAAGGUUGGAUUUGCCUGCAUUAUGUUCUCGGAUUGAGCUGCAUAUUAGAAACGAUGGGAGAAUUCCAGUUCCCAUUUUCAGAUUGUCAGCAGUAGCAAAAGAGGCGUUGUUCAAGUGGGUGGCAUCAGAUGUGAAGUUUUCUGAUGGAUAUGCUUCAAAUCUGUCAAGAUGUGUUGAUCAUCAGGGACAAAAGUUUUCAGGGAUGAAGAGUCAUGACUGUCAUGUUUUUAUGCAACGACUUCUACCAUUUGCAUUUGCGGAGUUGCUUCCAAAACAUGUUCACGAAGCACUUGCAGGCAUCAGAGCUUUUUUCAGAGAUCUCAGUGCACGCACCUUAACUGUAGAUGUCAUCAGACAACUUGAUGAGAAUAUCCGGAUCUUGAUGUGCAAUUUGGAGAAAAUUUUUCCUCCGUCCUUUUUUGACGUCAUGGAACAUCUGGUUAUCCAUCUUCCGUAUGAGGGACUACUUCGUGGACCUGUUCAUAAUGGAUGGAUGUAUCCUUACAAGCGAGCUAUAAAAUAUUUGAAAGGGAAAGCAAAAAAUCUGGCAAGGGUGGAAGGUUCAAUAGUUGCUGGGAGUUUGAAUGAGGAAACAUCUCACUUUACGUCCUACUACUUUGGAUCACAAGUCCGGACACGGAAAAGGACUACAAGCAGAUAUGAUGAUGGCGGUGUUAUACCGACAUAUUUUGGUGAAGAUGUUCCAGACAUAUUCUGUCAGAUUGGACGGCUAGUUGAAGAGGCUAUACCAGGAAUAUCAACCAAUGAUCUCAACAAAAGGAAAGACCAACACUUUGUGAAAUGGCUAAAAACGCAGGUUCAGUAUGAUGAUCAAUUUUAUCCUCAGUGGUUUCACGAAUUGAUACAAGGUCCGGUCGGUAAGGUCAUCACAGCACCUAUGUAUUUCACACGAGGAUACACUUUUCACACUUACGAAUAUGGAAGUCGGCGAGCAACAAUGAAUUAUGGAGUUUGUGUAAAAGGUGAAACAGAUUUCUAUGGAAUCAUACAAGAGAUCAUCGAAGUGGAGUUUCCCGGCGUAAUAAAGCUUAAAUGCGUUCUUUUCAAAUGUGACUGGUUUGACCCCACAGUCAACAGAGGUGUUCGGUAUAGCAAGUUUGGUGUUGUUGGUGUAGAUGCUACACGGAGACCAAGUUUGCUUUGUUCCAUACCCGAGGAUCAGACAAUCUGGAAUAUCUUGGUUAGCGCUAUAAAAGUUACACCUCGAGGCCGAGUAUUGAGUACUGAUGAACAACCGUCUUUACAAGAAGAUGCCGUGAAUGGGGUAGAAGUACCCGAACAAGCGGAAGAUGCUAUCUUACUUAUUGAUCCGCAUAAUCCGGGAUAUGAAGAACUUCCAGAAGAUACAACGGACAAAGCCAACGAAGAUGAAUUUGAAGAAAAUGAUGAAGUAGAUGAUGUUUCUGAUGACUUGUGA